AUGCGCAACUCUAUCGAAUCCUCGAGCGAUCUGAUACACCACAAGGAAGAUGAGGAAUGUGACAACUCUGACAAGUCCGACGAUUUACUUGAUUCUACUCUGAGCAAUCUGUCGGUAAGGAUUGUAGGCUGGCUAAAGCCGGAACUGGUAGACAAGCGACCGCUUAAGGUUUGCCUACUGCUCUUUCGUUUUGCUGGUAGGUUUGUUUGA